AUGGAACAGUGGGAUUUCUCUGAAGAAGAGGACCCCAUGGUUCCCAACCUAACACCUCUUGGGAGUCCUGCAUGCCAGGUUAAGGACCUUUUAAAAUAUUCUAAAUUUUGGACUUUUAAUCCCAAAUCCUGGUUGUAUUAUGUUGAACUCUUAAAACAAGUCAAAAUGAUCCAGUCUAUAUAUUUCAAGAGUCAAAAACUCUCCCAUUGUGUCCCCAAACUGGAACCAAUUCUUGAAUUGCCUCCUCUGGCCUCUUGUAGAGUCUCACUUGUUCAAAGGCACCUUAAAAGUCCCAGCCAGCUCUCUAGAGAUCAUACUACUUUUAAGUUUGCCAUCAAACAACUAAGCUGAACACUGAGUAAAGCCAUUCCCAAACAUGAAUUUCUAAAUCAUUGCCCUGACUCUUACGUUUCCUCUUGUUGCUGUGACUGCUUGACAAAUGUUGUUAAGGACACAGCCUACCCUGAACUUUUUGACACUACUUUUUCCUGCACUGAUUGCUAGAAGGCAGUUAUCAAACUCCUAAAUAGUUCCCUAUAA